UGGAAUACGUCAAAGGGACAGUGCAACGCAUUAUAGAUAUCUAGAAGAUUGAAAAUUCAGACAUCAGUAGAACCAUGAAGUCAACUAGUCUUCCUUUAUGCCGUUCGAAUUGGGCUCCAUAAAAAUUUCCAUCUUGACUUUUCAUCAACCAACUAACAUUAAUAUUGUUGUACUAAGUUUGAUAUAUCAAUUAAUUUCUAACGCGAAUACAACCAAAAUUCAUUACACACUUAUCCAAGUAACCACUACUCCAUCUUCAUUAUCAUUUUCAAAUUUUAUUUUGUUUUUGUUUUUUUUCUUCCUUUUCUUUGCCAUGGAGUUGAACUAUAAUCCAUGGUUGAAGGUUGGUUAUCUUUUUCUUUGUUUCGCGUAUUUAUGUCGUAUUUCUCAUGGAGCAGACCGAAUUACCGCGAAUUAUUCAAUCUCAGGUGAACAAACCAUAGUGUCACAACCUGAAGGAAUUUUUGAGCUGGGGUUUUUUAAUCCAUCAGGUAACUCUUCUAAAUACUACUUAGGUAUUUGGUACAAGAAAAUUUCUUUGCAAACUGUAGUUUGGGUAGCAAACAGCGAAAAUCCUGUCAUAGAUAAGCAUUCAUGUGAGCUUAAAAUUAUGAAUGGUAACUUAGUUCUUACAAAUGGAUCAAAGUCACCUGUUUGGUCCUCAAACUUGACAUCCACCAAGCUGGACUCGAUCUACGCAGUCUUGCUUGAUUCAGGAAAUCUUGUUAUCAGGGACGGAUCUAAGAGCAACCAAGAGCUACUCUGGCAGAGUUUUGAUGAGCCUACUAAUACUUGGCUUCCUGGUGGUAAGUUGAUUUAUGAUAAACGGGGUAGGAAACCUCAACGACUAAUUUCGUGGAAGAAUCAAGAUGAUCCUGCUCGUGGUUUAUUCUCUCUUGAACUUGUGCCUACAACUAAAGAGUAUGUUAUCAAGUGGAAUUUAACACAUCAGUACUGGACAAGUGGGGCAUGGGAUGAUCAAGAUAGGAUUUUUAGUCUAGUUCCUGAGAUGAGGUUGAAUUAUAUAUACAAUUUUAGCUAUAUUGAUAAUAAGGAUGAGAGUUAUUUCACUUAUAGUAUUUAUCAUCCAUCGAUUAUAUCAAGGUUUGUGAUGGAUAUUUCCGGUCAGGUUAAGCAACUGACAUGGCUAGAGGAGACCCAACAGUGGAACUUGUUUUGGUCGAAUCCAAAGCAACAGUGCCAAGUAUAUGCAUAUUGUGGUGCUUUUGGGAGUUGUAACCAAAAUUCUUUGCCAUUUUGCACCUGCUUGAAGGGAUUUAAACCUAAGUCGGAAGGUGAUUGGGGGCUGAGUGAUUACUCAAGAGGAUGUGAAAGGAAGACCGACUUGCAGUGUGAAAGACCGAAUUCUCAGAAAAAGAGGGACCGCUUUUUUCCGUAUAACAAUUUGGUUUUACCCCAAAAUGGCAAAAACUUGAAUGCAGGAACUAUUGAGGAAUGCGAAGCAGCUUGCUUGAAGAACUGCUCGUGUUAUGCUUAUGCGUAUGAUAGUAGUGGCUGUUCUGCUUGGCAUGAAGAUCUGUUGAACAUUCAGCAACUUUCUGAUGGUGAUACUAGUGGUAAAACUCUUUAUCUUAGGCUUGCAGCCUCAGAGUUUCCAAAAAAGAGCAACAAGAAAUUGGUUAUAGGCGUUGUUGUGGGCUCAAUUAUUGUCACCUUAGCCCUAUUAGGUCUGGUUUUUGGGCUAUUGUGGAGGCGGAAAAAUCAAUCUGUUGGUUCUUCAAAUAAGGGUGUUGAAGGAUCGUUGAUUUCUUUUGGAUAUAGAGAACUGCAACACGCGACAAAGAAUUUUUCUGACAAGCUAGGUGGAGGUGGGUUUGGGUCUGUUUUCAAGGGGACAUUGCCAGAUUCAUCAGUAAUUGCUGUGAAGAAGCUAGAAAGUUUCAGUCAAGGUGAGAAGCAAUUCAGAACAGAAGUAAGCACCAUUGGGACGAUUCAGCACGUGAAUCUUGUUCGCCUUCGUGGGUUUUGCUCUGAAGGGACGAAAAAGCUAUUGGUUUAUGAUUACAUGCCAAAUGGCUCUUUGGAAGCACAUCUCUUCCCUGAGAAAAGUUCAAAUCUCUUGGACUGGAAAACAAGAUACCAAAUUGCACUUGGGACAGCAAGGGGGUUGGCGUAUCUACAUGAGAAAUGUAGGGAUUGCAUCAUUCACUGUGAUAUUAAGCCAGAAAACAUACUUCUGGAUGCUGAGUUUUGCCCAAAAGUUGCAGAUUUUGGAUUGGCAAAACUUGUUGGCAGGGAUUUUAGCCGGGUUCUGACUACCAUGAGAGGAACUAGAGGCUACCUUGCGCCUGAGUGGAUUUCAGGAGUCGCAAUAACUGCAAAAGCAGAUGUCUUUAGCUACGGUAUGAUGCUGUUUGAACUCAUAUCAGGCCAUAGAAACACCGAACAAUCAGUAUAUGGCACAGUGAAGUUCUUCCCUACUUGGGCUGCUAGCAAAGUAGCUGAAGGAGCAGAAAUCAUGAGCAUAUUAGACCCCAGAUUGGAAGGUAAUGCCGAUGAAGAAGAAGUUAAGAAAACAUGUAAACUUGCAUGCUGGUGCAUUCAAGACAACGAAAUUCAAAGGCCGUCAAUGGGGCAGGUGGUUCAAAUAAUCGAGGGUGUUUUGGAUGUAAAUAUGCCUCCAAUGCCUAAGUCCCUUCAAUUUUUUGUUGAAGAACAGGACAAUAUAAUGUUCUACACUGAGUCAUCUUCAGCCCAGAGUUUACAAACACAAAAUACUUCAUCUUCAGGCCAGAGUUCACAAACACGAAAUACUCCCACAGCUACAUCAUCUUCCAUAAGCAAGAACAGUGUCUCCACAACGAGCAACAAUAAUUUAGUUGAAUAGAUUAGUUCAGGGCGUUUUCGAUCGUGUACGCUUCAUGUACUUGUAGAGUUGUAGAAAGUAUAUCUGUAUAUGUAAGAGAAGGCUGGAUGUAUCAGUUUAUCUCCUGUGCUCAUAAGGUAACACAAAAUUGAGCAUUAGUGGAGGAUCAUUUUUUUUUUUUUUUUUUUUUUUUUUUUUUUUUUUUUUGUGUGUAAACUUUUCCAUUUCAUUGUAUAUGGAUUAAUUUUCCAUUGUACUAUGAUGCUUCUUCUGUCACAUUGUAAUUAUAAUAUUGGAGCAUUUUAAGAAAUUAUUAUUUUUUCCAAAACUAACAAGUCGUGAUAAGCAAUUAUAUUAAGUGUUCCCCUCAUUAGUACAACAAAAUCAGUGAUACAAAAUUGUGUCGAACCACCUUAUGUUCAUUGUAUGUUCACUAAUGUUCAAAAUAUUAGACCAGAUAAACAUCAAUAUUCGACAAAUGAAGUUUUGUCAUGA